AUGUCGCUGAGGGCACAUGGUUCCGAGGCUGAUUAUCAUAUACAACAGUUGAUUGAUCUCUUCAGAGAGAUUGAUGCCGCUCAGGAUCCCACGCCAUCGAGCAAGUACAUCCCACGCAUCAAGGCAGUAGAGACCAUCGAUGAGCCGCCAAAGGUGUCCAAGCUCCUCAAGAACAAAGCGCGACAGUGGAUGAUUGACCCGCACUGGUUGGCAGUCGAGACGAACCAGCAAUACGAUGUUGAGAGUCGUAUCGUGAACAGUGGCAGGGCAUGGGGCGAUGAUGAAGAUCUGGAAGAGACUUUGGAGAAGCAGAAGCGAAUGAGAGAAGAGAAGGCUGUGAUUGUGAAGAACAAGAAAGCGCGCCUCGCUGAAAAUGCACAGGAUAAGGGAGAAGGAUCAUCGAAGCAGAAGGUGGCGAAGAAGAAAGGGAAGGGAAAGAUAGUGAAGGUGAGCACUGGAGGGGAUGCGGGCAAAGGUCAAAACGCUGCCGAGGACGACGACGAUGACCUGUACUUCGAUGAUUAG